AUGGCAAAAUAUGAACCAUAUCCGCGCCCGGACUUUGAGCGCAAAUGCAACUGGUCCUCUCUUAAUGGGCUGUGGGACUUUAUAUUCGACGACGCUAGCUGCGGGCUGCUCGAAAAAUGGCACGAAGCUGGGCUCCCGAUGCAGGCAGGCAACCAUAGCAAGAGGGAGAUAAAAGUCCCUUAUGCAUUCCAGACCCCAGCGUCGGGGAUCAAUUUGCAGGAAGCCCACGAAGUGAUCUGGUAUGAACGUGUGAUUGACGAUAUCCGCUCAGAUGAGGAGCGGGCGAAAGGGUACAAUCUGCUGCUUCGUUUCGGAGCCGUCGACUUUGAAUCUACGAUCUGGUUAGAUGGUCGUCUCGUUGAGACUCAUGUCGGAGGCCAAGUUGGUUUCGACGUCGAUGUUUCUUCUGCCUUCAAUGAACUGGGGAAGAAGAGUGCUCGUUUGACUUUACGUGUCCGAGAUUCGCCAACAGACCUCACGCAGCCGCGUGGAAAGCAGUACUGGGGUCCGAUUCCUGAGAGCAUAUUCUAUACGCCCACCAGUGGAAUCUGGCAGUCUGUUUGGUUAGAGAGUGUUCCGAUGAUGCGCGUUGGCUACAGCGAUCACGGCACUGUUGUUCGCGCCGUUGACGAUGUCAAAGGAAAGGCUCAAGUUCAGGUUGUUGUAGUCGGGCGGCCUACCCAAGCCAAAUGUCACGUUGAAGUCCAGACAAAACUGGGGAGACAUUUUCUCCAACCCGUAUCGGGAGACAUCUUGCCGGGCAAGGACAUGAUAGAAUUUGAACUAGACAUGCGGCUGGGCAAGGCAGAUAUGGAGGAUGGAGACAGGCCCUUUGCUGAUGUUGAAGGUGCAUGGAAUAAUUCGAUUGGUCUGUGGGCCCCCGAGCAUCCGAUUCUUUACGAUCUUAUUAUCCGUGUCUUCGACUACCAGCAGGAUGUGGUAGAUGAGGUUCAUACGACGACGGGCGUGCGCAGUCUUUCAUGGGAAACCGGGGACGGCACAUUCCGAAUCAACAGCAAGCCGUACUUCCAGGCUUUAGUACUGGAUCAAGGCUACUGGCCGGAUACGGGCAUGACUCCUCCUUCUCAGGAGGCAUUGAGAGCGGAUAUAGAGAUGUCAAAGAGAAUGGGAUUCAAUGGGUGUCGCAAGCACCAAAAGGUGGAAGAUCCUGUCUUCCUGUACUGGGCUAAUCGGCUAGGAUAUCUGGUCUGGGGCGAGAUCGGCAAUGCCUACGAAUUCAAGGACGAAUAUAUAAACAGGUUCGAAAGUGACUGGGUGCAGGUCGUCAAGAGGGAUAUCAACCACCCGUCUCUUAUUACUUGGACGCCGGUUAACGAAAGCUGGGGAUAUAACUCGCUGAAGGACAACAUUGACCAGCGUAAUCAUAUCCGCCGUAUAUAUCUAGUGACCAAGGCAAUGGACUAUACCCGCCCCAUAAACGAUAAUUGCGGCUGGGAGCAUGUCAAAACUGACCUGACCACAUACCAUGACUACAGCGACUCUGCCCAGCUGGCAGAAGCAUGCUCAAGGAUGCAAGGUGGAAUCCUCGCCAGAAAGAGCCACGGCGACAUGUUCGUCAAGCCUUUAUAUUCCGGCUCAACCGUGUUGGAUCCUGGUGCGGCUCAUAAAUCCGGUGCUCCUGUUAUCUGUAGCGAAUUCGGUGGCGUCAACAUUGCUCCGGCAAAGGACAGUCAAGCGUCCUCGCGAGACUGGGGAUACACCACGGCUGCGGAUCCCAAGGACUUGUUGGCUCGUCUCGAGAAAUUGAUCAUGGCAGUGGUCAAAGGAGGGCAUUCGUGUGGUUUCGUCUAUACACAACUGACGGAUAUCGAGCAAGAAGUCAACGGCCUUUACUCAUAUGAUCGCCGGGAGAAGGUCCCAGCAGAGAAGGUAAAGGCCAUUAUGGAUGCUGCAAAGGAUUAUUAUUAUAAGAUGGUCCUGCCAUUUCACGUAAAGCACUGAGCUGCUUUGAUAACUAACUAGAACAUCUCCGGCAAAUGGACCAAGUCGCAUAUUUCCCAAGUGAUUUCGAGUCUGGAGCGAAGGAUUCCUCUACAUCGGCGGAAAAUAGGGUCAGAUGCAGCACAGUCUGCCUCAGAAUGUACACCUGAUCGGUUCAU